UCGAUUUUUUUUUAUAAAGCUAGGUGUUUCCGGUAUCUUCCUUGGGACGAAGAAUUGCGUGUUUUUGCGUAAUUUAGCAAAUACUUCUGACAGCUGAACAUGGAUGAUGAGGCCGAAACAUACAAGCUAUGGAAAAUAAGGAAAACUAUCAUGCAGCUGUGUCAUGAUAGAGGGUAUCUUGUCACUCAAGAUGAAUUGGACCAAACACUGGACGAAUUUAAGGGACAGUUUGGAGAUAAACCUAGUGAAAGAAAACCAGCUAGAAGUGACUUGAUUGUUCUUGUUGCCCACAACGAUGAUCCCACAGACCAGAUGUUCGUGUUCUUCCCAGAGGAUGAAAAGGUCGGCAUUAAGACAAUCAAAACUUACUGCGAGAGAAUGCAACAAGAAAAUAUUACACGGGCUAUCAUAAUUGUACAGGUUGGGAUGACACCGUCGGCUAAGCAGGCCUUAGUUGAUAUGGCUCCCAAGUACAUCUUAGAACAGUUUUUGGAAUCCGAGCUUCUCAUCAAUAUCACAGAACACAUGUUGGUACCAGAGCAUGUUGUUAUGACAGCUGAAGAGAAACAAGAACUGUUGGAGAGAUAUAAACUGAAGGAAUCUCAGCUGCCUAGAAUACAGCAGGGUGAUCCUGUGGCAAGAUACUUCGGUUUGAAAAGAGGACAUGUUGUAAAAAUUAUCAGGCCUAGUGAAACAGCGGGAAGGUAUGUGAGCUACAGAUUAUGUGUAUGAUAGUGAUUAAUUUGCAAAGUGGACCUAAAUUACACACUGCAUAUAGUCAAGUGCAUGACAUAUAGACACACAAGUGCGUGACACACCCUGAUGACAAAUGAAAAUAAUGUUGUAUUAAACAACAAUGUAAAGGGAAAAGAAACAGAUUUUGUGUUGGACAAACUGCAGGAAGAAAGUUCAUUCCAGAAAAACCAGCUGGUGUGUGGGAAAAGUAUAAGCUGGAUAAAUCUUGCAUUUAAAUCUUAACAUCUUGUGCUAGUGCUCUCCCUUGCAUUAAGCAACUGCUUAUAUGAAUUAGUUAUGUUUUGUGUCUGGACUGACCCAGUGCAAAAAAAAUGUUUUUUUCCUAGUUUAAUUUCAAAUAUUUCCAAAUUGGUUCCAGGAAAUAUUCUAAAUUAACAGUGAAAAUUUCCUUGGAAAUGCAAAAAGUACUUAUUUUCAUUGAAUGUCUCUAGCAUUGGCCUAUAAGGCUACUUACGCUGUUACUGGGCAACCGCAUCCAUUUUUUCAUGUUUAUUACUUUUGUUCAUUGUUUACGUUACUUUGAUAUAAAAUAGUGGUAUUUUUCCCCCGUUUCGGUUUUGUCAUUUUUUCCAAAUUUGGUCGUCUCGUCAAUUUUUUUUCCAAUUGUACAGACCCAUAGCCAUUCCUCAUUUGGUGAAAGAAAGCCCUAUGUGUUGUAAAGACAACAUUAUAUAUACAUUUGAAAGUACAACAUAUUUUUUACUUUGUAAAUCAUGUUUAAAUGUUUAUGAAUGUCUGUUGAAAACUUGUAGAACUUGAAAAAAAAUAAAUAAAAGUUGCUAUUCUA